AUGGCGGACACGACCAGCAGCGACGCCGUCGUCAAGGCUUCGUACGCCGCGAAGCACAACCUGGCCCCCCAUUUCAUUGGCGGUAACAGGCUUGAAAAUGCCCCUCCCUCCAAGGUCAAGGAUUUUGUGGCUUCCCACGACGGCCACACUGUCAUUACCAACGUCCUUAUUGCCAACAACGGUAUUGCUGCCGUCAAGGAGAUCCGCUCAGUAAGGAAAUGGGCCUACGAGACAUUCGGCGACGAGCGCGCCAUCAAGUUCACCGUUAUGGCCACCCCCGAAGAUUUGCAGGCCAAUGCCGACUACAUCAGGAUGGCUGAUCACUACGUCGAAGUCCCCGGCGGCACAAAUAACCACAACUACGCCAAUGUCGAGCUUAUCGUUGAUAUUGCCGAGCGUAUGGAUGUCCACGCUGUGUGGGCUGGUUGGGGCCACGCCUCCGAGAACCCCAAGCUUCCCGAGUCCCUUGCGGCUUCCCCCAAGAAGAUCGUCUUCAUCGGUCCCCCGGGUUCUGCCAUGCGCUCUCUCGGUGACAAGAUUUCCUCGACGAUUGUCGCCCAGCACGCCGACGUUCCUUGUAUCCCUUGGUCUGGUACCGGUGUCAACGAGGUCACGGUCGACGACAACGGCAUUGUUACGGUUCCCGAUGACAUUUACCUCAAGGGCUGUGUCAACUCGUGGCAGGAGGGUCUCGAGAAGGCCAGGGAGAUUGGUUUCCCAGUAAUGAUCAAGGCCUCCGAGGGUGGUGGUGGCAAGGGUAUCCGCAAGGUCCUCAGCGAGGACAACUUCGAGUCGCUUUACAAUGCUGCCGCUAGCGAAAUUCCCGGCUCGCCCAUCUUCAUCAUGAAGCUCGCCGACAGCGCCAGGCAUUUGGAGGUCCAGCUUCUUGCCGAUCAGUAUGGCAACAACAUCUCGCUCUUCGGCAGAGAUUGCUCUGUUCAGCGCAGACACCAGAAGAUUAUCGAAGAGGCCCCCGUAACCAUCGCCAAGCCCACUACCUUUAAGGCCAUGGAGGAUGCUGCUGUCCGUCUUGGUCGUCUCGUCGGUUACGUCUCGGCCGGUACCGUCGAGUACCUCUACUCUCACGCCGAUGACAAGUUCUACUUCCUUGAGUUGAACCCCCGUCUGCAGGUUGCCAUGGGUAUUCCCCUCCACCGCAUCCGCGACAUCAGACUUCUCUACGGAGUCGACCCCAAGACCGCCACCGAGAUCGACUUCGAGUUCAAGAACCCCGAGUCUGAAAAGACCCAGCGCAGGCCCACCCCCAAGGGCCAUACCACUGCCUGCCGUAUCACCUCUGAGGAUCCUGGUGAGGGCUUCAAGCCCUCCAACGGUGUGUUGCACGAUCUCAACUUCCGUUCGAGCUCCAACGUCUGGGGUUACUUCUCCGUCGGUUCCGCCGGUGGUAUUCACAGUUUCUCCGACUCCCAGUUCGGUCACAUUUUCGCUUAUGGUGAGAACCGUGCCGCUUCGCGCAAGCACAUGGUUGUCGCCCUCAAGGAAUUGAGCAUUCGCGGUGACUUCCGUACCACCGUCGAAUACCUCAUCAAGCUUUUGGAGACUGAGGCUUUCGAGGACAACACCAUCACUACCGGCUGGCUCGAUGAGCUCAUCUCCAACAAGCUCACUGCUGAGCGUCCCGAUCCCAUCCUGGCCGUCGUUUGCGGUGCCGUCACCAAGGCCCACAUUGCCAGUGAAGCCUGCAUGGCCGAGUACCGUGCCGGUCUCGAGAAGGGUCAGGUCCCCUCCAAGGAUAUUCUCAGGACUGUCUUCCCCGUUGACUUCAUUUACGAGGGUUACCGCUACAAGUUCACUGUCACCAGGUCGAGCGCUGAUAGCUACCAUCUCUUCAUCAACGGCUCCAAGUGCACCGUCGGCGUCCGUGCUCUGAGCGACGGUGGACUCCUCAUCCUUCUCAACGGUCGCAGUCACAACGUCUACUGGAAGGAAGAGGUUGCUGCUACCCGCAUGUCGGUCGAUAGCAAGACCUGUCUGCUCGAGCAGGAGAACGAUCCCACUCAGUUGCGCACCCCCUCUCCCGGUAAGCUCGUCAAGUACACCGUCGAGAACGGCGAGCACGUCAGCGCCGGUCAGACCUUCGCUGAGGUUGAGGUCAUGAAGAUGUAUAUGCCUCUGAUUGCCCAGGAGGACGGUAUCGUUCAGCUCAUCAAGCAGCCCGGAGCUACCCUCGAGGCCGGUGACAUCCUCGGUAUCCUUGCUCUCGAUGAUCCUAGCCGUGUCAAGCAGGCUCAGCCUUUCCUCGGCCAGCUUCCCGAGUUCGGUGCUCCUGUUAUCGUGGGUCAGAAGCCCGCUCAGAAGUUCCGUCUUCUCUAUGACACUCUCCAGAACAUCCUCAUGGGUUACGAUAACCAGAUCAUCAUGCAGCAGACACUGAAGGACCUGGUUGAGGUUCUUCGUGAUCCCAAGCUCCCCUACAGCGAGUUCACCGCUCAGUUCUCGGCCCUUCAUGCUCGCAUGCCCCAGAAGCUCGAUGCCCAGCUCACUCAGGUCCUCGAGAAGGCUUCUUCGCGCUCCGCCGAGUUCCCUGCCCGCAAUCUCAGCAAGGUCUUCCAGAAGUUCCUGGACGAGAACCUCGUCUCCAAGUCUGACGCUGAGUUGCUGAAGACCACUCUCGCGCCUCUCACUACUGUCAUCGACCAGUACUCCGAGGGCCAGAAGGUCCAUGAGCUCAAUGUCAUCCGUGAUCUCCUUACUUCUUACGUCGAGGUCGAGCGCCUCUUCUCCGGCCGUCGUCUGCAGGACGAGGAGGUCAUCCUCAAGCUGCGUGACGAGAACAAGGAGGACAUCAAGAAGGUCACCCAGACCGUUCUCUCCCAUAGCAGAGUUGCCGCCAAGAACUCGCUCAUUCUCGCCAUUCUGGACGAGUACCGCCCCAACAAGCCUAAUGUCGGCAAUGUCAGCAAGUACCUUCGCCCCGUCCUUCGCAAGCUUGCCGAGCUCGAGUCUCGUCAGACUGCCAAGGUCUCCCUCAAGGCCCGCGAGAUCUUGAUCCAGUGCGCCCUGCCCUCUCUCGAGGAGAGAACCGCUCAGAUGGAGCACAUUCUUCGCUCCUCUGUUGUCGAGUCUCGCUACGGUGAGACUGGCUGGGAUCACCGUGAGCCCAGCUUGGACAUCAUCAAGGAGGUUGUGGACUCCAAGUACACCGUCUUCGAUGUCCUGACCCUCUUCUUCGCCCAUGAGGAUCCUUGGGUGUCCCUCGCUGCCCUUGAGGUCUAUGUUCGCCGCGCUUACCGUGCUUACGUCCUCAAGAAGAUUGAGUACCACGCCGACGAUACUGAUUCUCCUUCGUUCUUGUCCUGGGACUUCUCCCUGCGCAAGCUUGGCCACUCUGAGUUUGGCCUGCCUAUCCUGUCCGCCGCUCCCUCCACCCCGGGCACCCCUGUGGAGAGUUCCUUCAAGCGCAUCAGCUCCAUCAGCGAUAUGUCUUACCUCUCCCACAAGACUCAGGAUGAGCCAACCCGCAAGGGCGUGAUCAUUCCCUGCAAAUUCUUGGAUGAUGCGGAUGAGCUCCUCAGCAGGGCUCUUGAGAAGCUCCCUGUUCUCGGUGCCCGCAAGAAGAGCAGCGUGAUCCCUGAUCUCAACGAGAAGCGCAGACCUGCUCUCCAGCGCCUGGAGACCUUUGACGAGCUUUCCGCCGUCGUCAAUGUUGCCGUUCGCGACGCCGAGGGUCGCAGCGAUGAGGAGAUUCUUAAGGAGAUUCUUCCUCUUGUCCAACAGCACAGGGAAGAUUUGGUUGCCCGUCGGGUCCGUCGCAUCACGUUUGUCUGUGGUCGCAACGAUGGCUCAUACCCUGGUUACUUCACCUUCCGUGGCCCCGAGUACGUUGAGGACGAUAGCAUCCGUCACAGCGAGCCAGCUCUUGCGUUCCAGCUCGAGCUCGGACGUCUCUCCAAGUUCAAGAUCAAGCCUGUCUUCACUGAGAACAAGAACAUUCAUGUGUACGAGGCGAUUGGCAAGGGUGUCGAGACUGACAAGCGCUACUUCACUCGCGCUGUCAUUCGUCCCGGCCGUCUGAGGGAUGAGAUUCCUACUGCCGAGUACCUCAUCUCUGAGGCCGAUCGUGUCAUCAACGACAUUUUCGAUGCUCUUGAGAUCAUCGGUAAUAACAACUCCGAUCUCAACCACAUGUUCUUGAACUUCACCCCGGUCUUCCAGCUUCAGCCUGAGGAGGUUGAGCACUCUCUCCAGGGCUUCCUUGACCGCUUCGGCCCUCGUGGCUGGCGCCUCCGUGUUGCCCAGGUCGAGAUUCGCAUCAUCUGCACCGACCCUAACACUGGCAUGCCUUAUCCCCUGCGUGUCAUCAUCACCAACACCUCCGGAUAUGUCAUCCAGGUCGAGCUUUACGCCGAGCGCAAGUCCGAGAAGGGCGAGUGGGUGUUCCACUCCAUCGGUGGCACCACCAAGAUUGGCUCCAUGCACUUGCUGCCGGUCAACACUCCUUACCCCACCAAGAACUGGCUCCAGCCUAAGCGUUACAAGGCUCAUCUCAUGGGCACUCAGUACGUCUAUGACUUCCCUGAGCUCUUCCGUCAGGCCAUCCAGAACAGCUGGGCCAAGGCUGUCCAAAAGAACCCCGCUCUUGCCGAGAAGCAGCCCCCUGUUGGCGAGUGUAUCGAAUUCGGCGAGCUUGUGCUCGAUGACCACGACAACUUGACCGAGGUCUCCCGUGAGCCUGGUACCAACACUUGCGGCAUGGUCGGCUGGCUCAUCCGUGCUAGAACCCCCGAGUACCCUAGCGGUCGCAAGUUCAUUGUUGUUGCCAACGACAUCACCUUCAACAUUGGCUCUUUCGGUCCCAAGGAGGACAACUUCUUCUACAAGUGCACUGAGCUUGCCCGUAAGCUGGGCAUUCCUCGCAUCUACCUGUCCGCCAACUCGGGUGCCCGCUUGGGUCUUGCCACCGAGCUUAUGCCUCACUUCAACGUUGCCUGGAAGGACGCCAGCAAGCCUGAGGCUGGCUUCGAGUACCUCUACCUUGACGAUGCGGCCAAGAAGCGCUUCGAGAACAGCGUUAUCACCGAGGAGAUCACUGAAGGCGAUGAGAAGCGCCACAGGAUUGUCACGAUCGUCGGUGCUGAGGAUGGUCUUGGUGUUGAGUGCUUGCGUGGCUCUGGUCUCAUUGCCGGUGCUACCAGCAGGGCCUACAACGACAUCUUCACUUGCACGCUCGUCACCUGCCGCUCCGUUGGUAUCGGUGCUUACCUUGUGCGUCUUGGUCAGCGUGCUGUCCAGAUUGAGGGCCAGCCCAUCAUUCUCACUGGUGCCCCUGCCCUCAACAACCUCUUGGGUCGCGAGGUCUACACCUCCAACCUGCAGCUUGGUGGCACUCAGAUCAUGUACCGCAACGGUGUCUCUCACUUGACUGCCAACGAUGACUUCGCUGGUGUCUCCAAGAUCGUCGAGUGGAUGUCGUUCGUUCCUGACAAGCGCAACAACCCCGUGCCUAUCAGCAUCAGCGUUGACACUUGGGAUCGUGACAUUGUCUACACCCCGCCCCAGAAGCAGCCUUACGACGUCAGGUGGAUGAUUGGCGGCAGGGAGGACGAGAAUGGCUUCCAGCCUGGUCUUUUUGACAAGGACUCCUUCGUCGAGACUCUCGGCGGAUGGGCCCGCACUGUCGUCGUCGGUCGCGCUCGCCUCGGCGGUAUUCCCAUGGGUGUUAUCGCUGUCGAGACCCGCUCUGUUGAGAACAUCACUCCUGCCGACCCCGCUAACCCUGACUCGAUCGAGCAGGUUGCUAACGAGGCUGGUGGUGUCUGGUACCCCAACUCUGCCUUCAAGACGGCCCAGGCCAUUAACGAUUUCAACAACGGCGAGCAGCUUCCGCUCAUGAUCCUCGCCAACUGGCGUGGUUUCUCUGGUGGUCAGCGCGACAUGUACAACGAGGUUCUCAAGUACGGCUCCUUCAUCGUCGACGCCCUCGUCAAGUUCGAGCAGCCCGUCUUCAUCUACAUUCCUCCCUUCGGCGAGCUUCGUGGUGGUUCGUGGGUCGUCGUCGAUCCCACCAUCAACCCUGUCGCCAUGGAGAUGUAUGCUGAUGUUGAUGCUCGCGGUGGUGUUCUCGAGCCUGAAGGUAUCAUUGGUAUCAAGUAUCGCAAGGACAAGCAGCUUGAGACCAUGGCCCGUCUCGACCCCGUUUAUGCCGAACUCAAGAGGCAGAGCACCGACGCUAACCUCCCCAAGGAGGAGUCUGAUGCGAUCAAGAAGAAGAUGACUGAGCGCGAGCAGCAGCUUCUGCCCGUUUAUGCUCAGAUCAGCUUGCAGUUCGCUGAUCUCCACGAUCGUGCUGGUCGCAUGAAGGCCAAGGGUGUCAUUCGCGAGAUCCUUGAGUGGAAGAACGCCCGCCGCUUCUUUUACUGGCGUAAGACUCAACGAGGAGUCAUCCUCCGUCGUAUCAUCUCCGCCACUACCCCCGGCGGUGCCCUCAGCAAGGCUCUCACUGCUAACUCGACCAAGGAGCGCGCUCGCCACUUGCAGCUUCUUCAGGCCUGGAGCGGCAUUGAGCAGUUCGAUACUGCUGACCGUGAGGUUGCCGUCUGGUACGAGGAGAACCGCCACGAGGUCGGCACCAAGAUUGAUGCCCUCAAGGCUGAGCAGAUCACCUCGGAGAUGCGCGACCUUAUCCGCACCGCUUCUAGGGGAUCCGAUGACGCCGCCUGGAAGGGUGUCCGUGAUGUGCUGAGCGUUAUGCCUGUUGAGGAAAGGGAGAAGGUUAUCAAGUAUCUUACUACUCUCUAA